UUUAGGUUUCUAUGUUUCUAUAUAAACCAGUAAGGUGACCAGACGAUCAGUGUACAAGAAUAGAAGACACUUUAAAAUACAAAGUGAAGAUGCUGCUGGAUAAGCUUUGGGACGACGGCGUUGGAGGCCCUCACCCUGAACGUGGCCUUGGCAAGCUCAGGAAGAUCACCACUCAACCCUUGAACAUCAAAGAUGGUGAAGGAGAGUCAAGCAGGUACCAGAGAUCUCUCUCAAUGCCCGCAAGUCCAGCGACACCGACAACUCCAGUGACGCCAACGACACCGGUAUCGGCGCGUAAGGACAACGUGUGGAGGAGCGUCUUCCACCCGGGUAGCAACCUUGCCACUAGAGGCAUCGGGGCUGAGGUGUUCGACAAGCCCGUCCAUCCCAACUCCCCCUCUGUUUAUGACUGCAACCAAACAAAGGCCAGAAGGAGGGAGGAAAACGUGGCAGUCUGCCUGAUGAGCGCGUUGAAAUAGAUCUUUUGAGCUCUACAGUGGCGAGACAAGGAGCAAGAACCACCAUCACUAAGAUGAAGUGAUGAUGAUGAUGGGUUACCAACUGAUGUAAAUAUGGUCGUUUUGUUUUGAGUGUUGGAGUCGUUUCAAUGGUAUUGUGUAACGUGUCCUAUGUAGACUGAGUAAAACUUUAGUGAGUGUUGCUACGCUACGAUGUGGAGUAUGGGGACAUGUGUGAUAUUGUUAUUAAAAUAAAAGGGUGAAUUUUGUUUUAACUUUAAUUAAUCAAUCAAUCAAUCAACCUAAUUCUA